AUGCUGCUUGACCACACUCCCCCUGCUGACGGCAAGAAGAGGAGCGCCAAAUCGAAGAAGAAGGACCUCGCUCCUUUCAAUCUGCCGCUGAAGGACGACGCCAACAAGGAGAACAAGGAGAAUGAUCCUAACGCUGCCAACAAGGCCACUACUGAUGUGCUGAAGACCAAGCCAUCGACCAAGGAAUCCGACACCUCGUCGAUCGAGGUGCCCCAGGAGCCGAUUUCGGAAGCCACCGCUCCCCUUCCCGCUCUGGCGGAAGAAGAUGAUGAGCUGACGCCGGCGCAGAUCGAACAAAGCGAGCUUCGGAAGAGGCGAGAGGAAGUGGAGCGACUGCAGUCAGAGAAGAGGGAGCUCGAAGAACUGCUUGCCUUCCAUCAGCAGCGACUCAAGAAGAAGGACCAGGAAACUAAGGCCGAGCGCACCGAGAAGGAGAAGCUGCAGGGUGAUGUUGCUGUGCUGUCGGAGAAGAUCGACAAGCUCAAUGCGACGAUCGAGGAGCUGGAGCGUAACCUUAGCUCUGCGCGCGAGGAGAAGGCCAUGGAGGAGGACAAGUCGCGGCACCUGGCCAAGCUGCACGCCGAGCAGGCCCACCAGCACGCGGCCCUGAUCGCCGAGGAGCAGAAGCAGCACGAGCGCGAGCUGAACGAGGAGCGCGAACGUGUGCGGCGGGUCGAGGCCCAGCUGCAGGAGACCCAGGAGGCCAACGCCGCGCUUCUGCACGAGGUCGAGGAGGUGCACGGCGAGAUGAAGGAGAUCAAGGAGAGCAGGGAGGCCACGCAGCAGCUGGCCACCCUCACCGCCGUCAAGGAUGCCUUUGCCCUCCAGAUCGAGGUGCAGAAGAAGGAGAACGAGAACCUCGUCUCCCAGUCGACCAGCUCCAGCGCGAGUACGUUGUUCUUCACGCUGGCACUGGCCCUUAAGCUCAGCAGCUCGCUGAUGGGCAAGCCGUCGAACAAGGACGUCCACGCACUGUGGGAGCAGGCCAAGCAGAGCGCGAUCCCGCCCGAGCGCUUCAGCCUGUGGCUCUCGAUGCAGUUUGCCGAGGUCCAGCAAAGCGAACUUUGA